GUAUGAGUAGCACUCUUAUAAAAGGCCUGAGCACCCGCUUCAGAAAGUAGUUCAGUGGUUGUUGAUCGGAUGGAAUUAGUCUAACUGUUGUAAUUAGAGAUAACAAAAAAAAAUAAUUUUUAAAAAUCAGGAUGUCUGCAGCUGGCCCAGAAGUUAUUCCUGGCACAGUAGCAGCCACAACUGCUGCUACUGGAGUGUCAGCAUUUACAGUGUUUUUGGCACUUCUUGUCCCUGCACUUGUUUUGUGGUACGUUUACUUCAGAAUUUCCCAACGGCAUAUGAUUGAACUUGCUGAAAAAAUACCCGGCCCGAAUGGAUAUCCACUUGUUGGAAAUGCAUUGGAAUUCAUUGGAAGUUCCGACAGUAUCUUCCGUAAUGUCAUGGAACGUUCGAAUGAAUUCGAUCAAGUAGUAAGACUUUGGAUCGGUCCGAAAUUGUUAAUUUUCUUGAUCGAUCCACGGGACAUCGAAGUCAUUCUUUCCAGUCAUGUUUACAUUGACAAAUCUGCUGAAUAUCGUUUCUUCCAGCCAUGGUUAGGAAACGGUCUUCUCAUUUCUACCGGUCAAAAAUGGAGAGUUCACCGUAAAUUGAUUGCUCCAACUUUCCACUUGAACGUAUUAAAGAGUUUCAUUGACUUGUUCAAUGCUAAUUCACGUGCAGUUGUUGAAAAAAUGCGUAAAGAAGGUACCAAGGAGUUUGAUUGCCACGAUUACAUGUCUGAGACAACUGUCGAGAUUCUUUUGGAAACUGCCAUGGGUGUAUCGAAAUCUACACAAGAUCGCAGUGGAUACGAAUACGCGAUGGCCGUAAUGAAAAUGUGUGAUAUUCUCCAUCUGCGUCAUACCCGCGUUUGGUUGAGACCUGACUGGCUUUUCAACCUCACCAAGUACGGAAAAGAUCAAAUUCAAUUACUGGAUAUAAUACACAGUCUUACCAAGAAAGUAAUCCAACGUAAGAAGGAAGACUUCAAAGCCGGAAAACGCAACUUCAUUAAGACCACUGAAUCUAAAGACGCUAAAUUGACUAGUGUAGAAGGUCUUUCAUUCGGUCAGUCAGCAGGAUUAAAGGAUGAUCUCGACGUCGAUGAUAACGAUGUCGGUGAGAAGAAGAGACUGGCGUUCUUAGAUCUCUUGAUGGAAGCCGGACAAAACGGAGUUGUCCUUAACGAACAAGAAGUCAAAGAACAAGUUGACACCAUCAUGUUUGAGGGCCAUGACACAACUGCUGCAGGCUCCAGCUUCUUCUUGUCUAUGAUGGGUUGUCACCCAGACAUUCAAGAGAAAGUUAUCCAAGAGCUGGACGAAAUCUUUGGUGACAGUGAUAGGCCGUGCACCUUCCAGGACACUUUGGAGAUGAAAUAUCUUGAGCGGUGCUUGAUGGAAACACUGCGUUUGUAUCCACCAGUACCCAUUAUCGCACGUGAAAUCAAGACAGAUUUGAAACUUGCAUCUGGAGAUUACACUGUCCCCGGUGGAUGUACGGUUGUAGUCGGUACAUUCAAAAUGCAUCGUUUACCUCACAUAUAUCCCAACCCAGAUACAUUCAACCCGGAUAAUUUCUUACCGGAGAAGACAGCCAAUCGUCAUUACUACGCAUUUAUUCCAUUUUCGGCAGGACCACGUUCAUGUGUCGGUCGUAAAUACGCGAUGCUUAAGCUCAAGAUUCUUUUGUCAACAAUACUGAGAAACUAUCGCAUAAGAUCUGAUAUUAAAGAAAAAGACUUCAGACUUCAAGCCGACAUUAUUCUUAAGAGGGCUGAAGGUUUCAGGGUACGUCUUGAACCAAGAAGACAAGUAGGUGUUACGGCUUAAAGUAAAAAUUAUAGUAUAUGUUGUAAAAAAAUACACAAAAAUAAUUAAUGUUUUGCUACUCUAUUAUUUUUGUCGUGGCGCCAUUUUAAACUAUGAAAUAUAUUGUAACUUAAUGUAGGAGGAAUGCAUUAAUCAUUAGCGUUGAUAUUUAUCAUCAAUGCAUUCAGUUGUAUAAUAAAACAAUUAAACAAUCCUAUGAAAUCAUA